UCAGUCAGCUGGAUACUGAUCUAAAGCAUCAGAAGAGAAAGGCGAUCAUGGCAUCAUUAAGUCUCGGGUUUAACGGAGCUCGUAAAAAAGCAGCGGCGCGAAUCAGGUCCAUAGAGAGGAGAAAUCUGAUAACCGUGUGCAGGUUUUCAGUGAAGACUCUCAUUGAUCGCUUGUGUUUUGAGACGAUAGAUGACACAUCUGCUGAGUUCAUCAACUUUGUCUCCAUUCUGGAACAUAUUCUGAGCCAUAGACUGAAAGGUCAGGUCAGUUGGUUUGGCUAUGAAAGCCCACGCAGUUUCUGGGAUUACAUACGUGUGGCGUGUGUUAACGUCCCGCACAGCUGCAUCCACAGUAUUGAGAACAUGGAGAAUGUCCGCAGUUCUAAAGCAAAGGGUCGUGCCUGGAUAAGAGUAGCGUUGAUGGAGAAACGUUUGUCUGAAUACAUCUCUGCAGCAUUAAGAGACUUCAAAACUACAAGGAGGUUUUAUGAGGAGGGGGCAGUGGUUCUGGGGGAGGAGGCAGGUCUUCUGGCUGACACUCUGAUUGGCCUGAAUGCCAUUGACUUCAGUUUCUGUCUGAAGGGGGAGGGGCUUGACGAGAGCUGUCCUGUCGUCAUUGACUAUACACCAUACCUUAAAUUCACACAAACGUCCGGCAGCAUCAGCAGUGAUGAAGAGGAGAUGAGAACGCUGGGCAGCAGUGACAGUGAAGCAGGCACGCCUGAGUCUCACAUGGCCGCUUGUCUGAUGGCCGAUCAGAGAAGCUGGUUCAGCAAGAGCAAACGAAUAGAUCAGAAAUACAGAGUCGUGCUGGAACAGAAGGGUUAUCUGGAGGAGUUGGUGCGUUUGAGGGAAGCUCAGCUCUCUGAAUCUGUCUCUCAGAAUAAAUCUCUCCUGCAGCGACUCACAGACACGGAAAUCAGCCACAAACUGGAGAAAGAGCAGCUGGAGUUCGUCAUACUGGAGCUACAGGAUCAACUAACAGUGUUGAAGAACCACGACCUGCGCUCCAGACAGGAGCUUACCUCUCACCUGACAAAUCAAUGGCCUUCACCUUCUGCCUUGGAUACCAACGCGGUUGCCUUGGAUACACUCCUGUACAUGAAACGCACAGGACCAUGGGAGGAGAAGAGCUUCCAGAGUUUGGAGCAGUUGUCUGCAGAUAUGAGUCUCUCUCAGAUGUCUCUCGAUCCUGCACAACUGAACACACACAGUCUAGACGGCAAGGCAGGACCAACGCACUGGCAUAAAGAAGGGAAAGAAGAUACUCCUUCGCUGAGGGGUUUGUGUGGAUCAUUGACCUCAAUGGCCAGUUACAAAUCUCUGGCCAGUCUGAAGUCCAGUGAGUAUCUGGCCAGUCCAACACCAGACAUGACCAGCCCAGGACUCACUCCGUCCUGAACACACAAGACACGUAUGGACAUUAUACACUCGUACAGGCUUGUGCUGAGCAGACACAUUAACGCACACACAAACACACUCUACUGCUUGAGAAACAACGGUUUGGACUUCGAGUUGAAGUGAAGAAAUUGAAGAGAAAAAAUCAGAAAGAAAAACUACCAGUCAGUACCAUCCUCAGAGCUUCUAAAGGACAGUUCUGACAAUCCAGUUCUGUUCUGACUGUUUUAGUCUAAUUUGAAGCUAAAUCUGUUCAAAAAUGAACAUUCUGUCAUUGCUAGUGUUCAUUUGUGUUUGACUUUAUAACAUUCACACGAGUUUAAUGGAUUACAGUGAAUGACAAUCUUGACUCAGGACAUCAGUGGAUUUUAGCUAUUUGUGGAACUACCUAGAUUUCAAUGAUAAUUCAACGACUGCUGUUUUGGCAAAGUUUUGUUUUGCAUGGCAUUUUUAUUUUGUGCUUGAGGAAAUCCUGCUCUUAAAAUCUGUCCUAUGUGGAAAAUGAAGUUAAAACAAUCAGCUCAAACUAUAAAAAUGAGCAUGUUUCCCUCACACAUUAUUCAACACAUUCAGUCAGCAUGAAACACAGUUUACAACCCAUUUUACUUCCACAACAGAACAUACUGUAUUUUAAACAAGUUAAAGUAAUUCUAUUAGGGGGGAAAAAAAUAUAGAAUGAGACUUUUUAUCCAUUAAAAAGAGAGCAAGGGGGAUUUAUGUCAGCCAAAAGUAAAAUUAUUACAUUUUGAUUCAAGUUAACAAAGACAAAAAAAAAUUUUCUUUGGAAUAACAUGCACAGAUUAGUUGUGCACAACAGGGCCAGGAACGUGAAUUAAGUAACUAAAUAGGGUCCAUGUUUAUUUAAUUCAGCUAGACUUUAAAAUUCACCACAGAUGUAGCCCUAAAAGAACUGAAUUUGUUCUGAGUAUGACAAAGACAACAGUGUUCAAGAGAAAAUAUUGAUUUGAUCACCUUUUGAUCACCAUCUUAAAAUAUAUUAGACAUAGAGGUUUUUAUGUGCAUAGCGGAAUGCAGGAAAUACAGUAAAGUACAUGGUUAAGAGUGACUCAAGUGGUGCUUUAUCUUCUGAUUAUGUUGAUUCAGUUUCUGAUACUCAAGUCAGAGUUUUAGCCUUUAAAUUUUAAAGUUAUGCCUUUACUGAUAUUUUUGAAUGUAUUCUUUCUCUCUCAAGGCUUUUAAGUCUUAAGUCAAGAUUUGGUGAUUAUGCCUUUGUUUCUUCAUCUGACUUUUACAUUUGUUCUGUUGCAGUGUGACAGAAAUGAAUGGAGUGAGGAUAACAAGGGCAUUCUAAGAUGAAUAUCAUAUAUUCAUUAUAAUUUAACCUCAAUAUGUUCCAUCAUAUUUAACUGUAUGUGCUCAUCUAUGAUUAGUCAAUAAUAAAUUCAUAUAUGAUGUAUAUCUUGAUGUUGAUUUUUUUUCGCAUUUGCUUUGGGCUAAAGGAAUAUUCCGGGUUUAAUACAAGUUAAGCUCAAUCGACAGCAUUGCGGCAUAAUGCUGAUCACCACAAAAAUUAAUUUUGACUCGUCCCUGCUUUUCCUUAAAAAAAAAAAAAAAAAAAAGCUAUGGUUACAGUGAGGUACUUACAAUGGAAGUGAAUGGGGGGACAAUUUUUGGAGGGUUUAAUGCAGAAAUCUGAAGGUUAUAAUAAAAAAAAA